AUGGAGCUCGACAACGGUGUGUCAAAACCAUCUGAACCAGAAGCGGAGCAGAACCUCGACGACCUGACGGGAAACACUAAGCUGUGGAUCGGCAAAGACUACAACAACUUCAUCAAGAAAGACUGGGUGCAACUGGACAGACCGUUUGAAGAUAACGUCGACCGCACUCAAGUUCCCCGCAUGCCGUGGCGUGACCUGUCUGCAGCCGUUCAUGGCCGAGCUGCAAGGGAUGUAGCCCGUCACUUCAUCCAGCGCUGGAACUUCUCCAAGAUCUUCAAAAACAAGUACAAGGACGAAUUCUACCCUUACCUCCUUCCCAAGUCUCACUCCACCGCUGACUCACCCUCGUUCACCGUGCCCGGAUCCAAGAAGGCCAAAGUGCAGGUGUUGCGCUCUGCAGACCGGUGGUCUACUGGAAUCUGUGAGAACUCGAUCCUGAACGCCUACAUCCACACCAUCGAGAACAGCGAACACUACAUCUACAUAGAGAACCAGUUCUUCAUCAGCUGUGCCGACGGGAAGACCGUCUACAACGGGAUCGGGGAUGCAAUUGUGAAACGAAUCCUGCGUGCACACAGGUCUGGUUUGAGUGCAUCGACAAGAUUUAUGUUUAUGGAUCCUGCAGGGAUCUUCGAGCUGGUCGAGGUCGUCGGCAAUGGGACAUAUGGACAGGUGUACAAGGGCCGUCAUGUGAAGACGGGCCAGCUGGCUGCCAUCAAGGUGAUGGAUGUCACCGAGGAGGAAGAGGAGGAGAUCAAAGCAGAAAUCAACAUGCUGAAAAAAUACAGCCACCACCGCAACAUAGCCACGUACUACGGUGCCUUUGUCAAGAAGAGUCCACCGGGACACGAUGACCAACUCUGGCUGGUGAUGGAGUUCUGCGGGGCGGGAUCAGUGACCGACCUGGUGAAGAACACUAAGGGCAGCUCUCUGAAGGAGGACUGGAUUUCUUACAUCUGUAGAGAGAUCCUACGGGGCCUUUCUCACCUGCACGCCCAUAAAGUGAUCCACAGAGACAUCAAGGGGCAGAACGUGCUGCUGACGGAGAACGCAGAGGUCAAACUUGUUGAUUUUGGUGUGAGUGCUCAGUUGGACAGGACUGUUGGUCGUAGGAACACUUUCAUCGGCACGCCUUACUGGAUGGCUCCUGAGGUUAUUGCCUGCGAUGAGAACCCUGACUCCACCUAUGACUACAGGAGUGAUAUCUGGUCCUUGGGGAUCACAGCCAUUGAGAUGGCAGAGGGAGCUCCUCCCUUGUGUGACAUGCACCCGAUGAGAGCCCUCUUCCUGAUACCCAGGAAUCCCCCUCCAAAACUCAAGUCCAAAAAAUGGUCCAAGAAGUUCCUUGACUUUAUAGAGGGGUGUCUCGUUAAGACGUACAACAGCCGGCCGUCCACAGAGCAGCUCCUCAAACACUCCUUCAUCCGGGACCAGCCCACCGAGAGGCAGGUCCGAAUCCAGCUCAAAGACCAUAUCGACCGCACGCGCAAGAAGAGGGGGGAGAAAGAAGAAACAGAGUAUGAGUACAGUGGUAGUGAUGAAGAUGAGGAAAAUCGAGGAGGAGAAGACCGAGAGUCAAGUUCAAUCCUCAAUGUGCCGGGCGAGUCCACGUUGAGGCGGGACUUCCAGCGCCUGCAGGUGGAGAACAAGGAGCGCUCGGAGGCUCACAAGAGGCAGCAGGCCCAGCUGGCCGCUCAGCGCCGGGACCCCGAGGAACACAAGAGGCAACUGCUGCACGACCGGCAGAAACGCAUCGAGGAGCAGAAGGAGCAGCGGCGCCGACUGGAAGAGGAGUUUAUCAGACAAAAGUUAGAAGAAGAGCAGCGGCAGUUAGAAAUCCUGCAGCAGCAGUUGCUUCAGGAGCAAGCACUGCUUAUGGAGUAUAAGCGCAAGCAGCUGGAGGAGCAGCGUCAGUCGGAGCGGCUGCAGAGGCAGCUGCAGCAGGAGCACGCGUACCUGGUGUCUCUGCAGCAGCAGCAGCAGGACAAGAAGCCCCAGCUCUACCACUACAACAAGAACCUGGAGCCCAACAACAAACCCACAUGGGCCCGGGAGGUGGAGGAGCGGAGUAAGCUCAACAGACAGGGCUCGCCCAAAAUCUGCACCACCGUCUCCGACACUGCCAUCCAGUCGCGCUCUGACUCCAUCAGCCAGUUGGGAGUGGGUCUAUCUGCCCAGACCCCCCCCAUGCAGAGGCCUGUCGAACCCCAGGGGGGGCAGGGGAAGUUCCAGAUGGCUCACCUGGUUCCUCUGAAGCCCUACGCUGCCCCUGUCCCUCGCUCUCAGUCCCUCUGUGACCAGCCCACUAAGACCAUGUCCGCAUUCCCCACUCAGGACCCGUCCCUCACCCCCACGCCCCGCCCCAUCCACUCUAGAGAGCUGGUGCGUCAAAACUCAGACCCCACUUCUGAAACUCCGGCCCCCCAGGGACUUCUGAUCGGAGAUGGACCCUGGAUCCGCCUGCCUGAUGUGGAACUCCCACCCAAGGUGAGUCUAGUGCACAUCAAUCCGGAUCUGAGCCGCAAUGAUCGCUGGGAGAGAGGAGACAGUAUGAGCGUCAUCUCCAAUCUGCCCCAGACCGGCUCUCUGGAGAGGCAUCGCAUCCACAGUUCCUCCAAAAUGGAUUCUCCCAUGCUGUCCCAUGAUAGUCGUCACAAGCCGGGGGAGUCUCGCACCUCCUCCCGCCCCGGGCGCCCUGCUAGUUACAAGAGAGCUAUAGGGGAGGAUCAUGGCCUGUUUGCCAAGGAGCGUGCUGAGGAGCAGCCGAGGCCUCCGGUGAAAGCCAACGACUACUCGUCCUCCUCGGAGAGCAGCGAGAGCAGCGAGGAGAGCGAGAGCGGCGAGGGGCCCGAGGAGGAAGAGAGCCCCACAGAUCGUCACAGGGAUGGAGACACUGAUUCAGUGAACACCAUGGUGGUUCACGAGGAUGAAGGGGAGCAGGCUGGAGGCUACGGGGACCAGACCAUGCUGGUGCAGAGGACCCCAGAGAAGCGGAGUCAUAACGGAUACACUAACUUGCCAGAUGUGGUGCAGCCCUCCCACUCGCCCACUGAUUCUGCCUCUCACUCCUCCCCUGGGAAGGACUCUGUUUAUGAUUAUCAGUCCAGAGGUUUGGUGAAAGCAUCUGGAAAGUCCUCCUUCACCACCUUUGUGGAUCUGGGCAUGUACCAGAGUCCAGGGGGUCCCGGGGACAACAUGUCUCUCACUG